AUGAGUUUAUCCCUCAAUCUUAAACCUUUCCUCAGUGGAUUAACAGGAAAGCAAGUGUUGGUGAAACUUAAGCGGGGAAAGGAGAACAAGGGCUACUUGGUAUCUGUAGAUGGCUAUGUGCACAUGCAGCCUGCAAACACAGAAGAAUGCAUAGAUCUGGGUGAAGUUUUAAUACGGUGUAAUAAUGUCCUUUAUAUCAUAUGUGUUGAAGAAUAG